UCAGCGCUGGGGAUAGGGGUUGAUUACCCUAGGGUGGUGUAUAUACUACACGUGGGGAUGCUGUGGAGCAUAAUUGACUUCGCGCAAGAGAGCAGGCGUGGAGGGCGAGCUAGGGAGGAGGUUAACUUAGUUAUUGUUGUAGAGCGUAGAUCUGUGGAACAGGAGAUGCUUAAGCACAGCGACAACUUAUGCGUGCAGGCUAUAGGGUUGUUUUUAACAGGCCGCGGGUGCCGACGAGCGCUGAUGAGCAUGUACAUGGACAGCAAGGCUGUAGCGUGCAACAACAUUAAGUCUGCUAGAUGUGACUAG